CAGGUGCUAUUCUCUAAUACCCUUGAAUGGGCAUUCUUUGUUUUCUCUUUUUCUUUGAAAAAGAUCGUUGCUUUACCAAUUUCUCAUGCCACCCUUGUAUGAAAGAAGGAGUACGAGGAGCAAAAUACAAACGAUUGAAUUUGAGCAAAGGAUAGAACUAAGACGUGGAAACAGAAAGGGUAUUGCCAAGUGGCUCAUUGCAAUUAAGGAGUAUAAUCUGCUUUACAUUCAGUUCUUGCACCCAUUCACUCCUUUCUAAAGCCCAAUUUUUUUCUACCCAUUUGUCUCAUUCUCUCUCUAUGACAGCCCUUUUCACCCUUCAUAUAUAUCAACGCUAUUCUUCACUUGCGUGAUCGGCUCAUUUUAACCCUAAAGCUUUCCUUCGUCCGGCUGCUGCUAUCAGGUGUUAUGGAGGAGACUGGACAACAAAAUCUCGAAGAUCCUCAACUUGAGGUAGUGCCUCCUAAAAUAGGAGAGGAUGGGAGCUACUAUGACUGUGUUGUAUGUGAAAAUGGAGGAGAUCUUCUAUGUUGUGAUAUUUGCCCAAACGUUUAUCAUCUAUGGUGCCUUACCCCACCCCUAGAGCAUGUUCCUUUGGGAGAGUGGCAAUGCUCAAACUGCAAGGAGAGUAAUCCUUCAGUAUAUGCUGAUGAUAAGGUUCUCGCUGAAGAAGUAACUGAGAGCUUGCCGAACCUUUCAAGCAUGAAUACCACCACAUCGAAACAUGACAACACUUGUGAUGAUAAGCCAACAGGAAAGAAGGACAAGGGCGAGAUCAUGCAUCUUGAUUUGCUUGCAGAUGUCUGCACAAACUCUCCGUUCAAAAACAUAUGUGAAACAUCUGCCAUUCAAAAAGCAUCUGGAACCAAUACACAAUCUCCUAAUAUGCACAAGAAAAGUGCACAGAUAAAACUUUCUCGGUUCGCCAUGGAAACAAAGAUAAAGGAACAUAAUAAAGAAGAGGACAUCUGGCUGUUUGAAGAAGAACUGGACUCACUUUGGAUUGGAGUCCGUAGGCAUGGAGAAAGCUCCUGGGAAACUAUCCUCAACGACCCAACAUUGAAAUUCUCCAAUAUCAGGACUCCAACUUCCUUAGCAAAGAGGUGGAUAGUCGAAAAACAGAAAAUUUUAUCUGAAAUGAAUCAGGUGCUUCCACCACUGUCUAAGAAACGGCCUGCUCAAGAUCCCGAUACUAGCAAGGAUGAAUGAGAACUUACAUUGGGUUAACAAAAAAGGGCACCAUAAUAUGAGAGUAAUUACUUAUAUGUGGAAAGAAUGGCAAAAUUUGACUCUGUUUGGUUAAAUUCUUAAAUUGUUGCAUCAUCUUUAUACUUUAUACCUUAAUUUUCUGUCAACUUGGAUGAUGAUUUUUUUUAUGGUUCUUCUGGA